GGGGCUGGUGCCAGCAUGACGAGCCAGGUGAUCAGAGAUGAGAAGCAGUUCUACUCCAAGGCCGAGAUGUACUGGAAGCAGAUCCUGCCCACGGUGGACGGCAUGCUCGGGGGGUAUGGCCACAUCUCCAGCAUCGACAUCACCAGCUCCCGGAAGUUCCUGCAGCGGUUUCUCAGGGACGGCCCGAACAAGACGGGGACGUCCUACAUGCUGGACUGCGGCGCCAGCAUCGGGAGGAUCACCAAGCGGCUGCUCCUGCCGCUCUUCCGAGUGGUGGACAUGGUGGACGUGACGGAGGGCUUCCUGGCUGAAGCCAAGACCUACCUGGGCGAGGAGGGCAAGAGGGUGCGCAACUACUUCUGCUGCGGCCUGCAGGACUUCAGCCCCGGGCCCGGCUCCUACGAUGUCAUCUGGAUCCAGUGGGUGAUAGGACACCUGACGGACGAGCACCUGGCCAAGUUCCUGCGGCGCUGCAAGCGGGGCCUGUGCCCCAACGGCAUCAUCGUCAUCAAGGACAACAUGGCCCAGGAGGGCGUGAUCCUGGACGACGUGGACAGCGGCGUGUGCCGCGCGCUGGCCGUGGUGCGCGCGCUCAUCUGCAGCGCGGGCCUCAGCCUCCUCGCCGAGUAACGGCAGGAGAACCUGCCCGACAAGGUCUACCACGUCUACAGCCUGGCCCUGAGAUGA